AUGUCUGAAAAGUCUAUGCAAAGUUCGCGUAGCCUGGAGAAGACCGACAAGGCCGAGCGGCCCACCGAUGACUUGACAGUCGACCUUCCCGCUACCAAUCAGCAGCUCCCUACAAAAGAGUUUAUCUUUAUCCCUAUACCCAUCUACCUUCGCUACAGUCCCGCCAAACCUUUUAAAUUCAGUUAUGCUACAACUGUUCUCUACGCAUUCACGACCAUGAUCAUUGUCGCGAACAUAUACUACUGCCAGCCGUUGUUGAUCGAGAUGUCGCAAUCCUUCGGCGUUUCAUACGAGCGUGUGUCGAGGAUCCCUACUUUCCUUCAAGCUGGAUAUGCCGUCGGCUUACUGUUGAUUUGCCCUCUCGGCGACAUUGUCCGACGGCGGCAACUCAUCCUGUCCCUCGUUCUCGUCACCCUUCUCCUCACAAUAGGGCUCGCGGUAACGACCGAUGUCGUAAUCUUCGAGACCCUCUCGAGCCUUAUGGGUCUUCUGAACGUCGCCGCGCAGAUUCUUGUUCCAUUAGUUGCAGAGAUCGCCCCACCUGACCAGCGGGCUUUCGCCUUCUCCAUCGUCCUGACGGGCCUGAUGUUCGGCAUCCUCGUAGCGCGCGUUAUCGCUGGUAUCAUUGGCCAGUUCAUCAUGUGGCGUAUCGUUUAUUACACCGCAUUUGGAGCGCAAUGCUUGGCGUUCUUGUGCCUUUACUUCAUUCUCCCAGAUUACCCUGCAAAGAACAACGACCUACCCUAUUGGAAGAUACACUGGUCGAUGGCCAAGUUAGCCGUUACGGAGCCGGUCGCCGUCCAGGUUAUCCUCGUCAACUUGGGCGCUAGUGCGUGCUUCGCGUACUUCUGGGUGACCUUAACGUUCCUUUUGGGCGGCUCGCCGUACAACUACUCAACCCUUGAGAUAGGGCUGUUCGGAUUCAUUGGCAUGGCAGGUGUUGCCGGCGGUCCUUUGAGCGGGCGCCUUAUCGAUCGAAUACACCCCUGGCACGCGCUCCUCUUUGCCACCACUCUCCUUCUCUUUUUUCAAGCCGUUCAGACCGUCGCUGGUGGAAUUCACAUAUCGGCUGUGAUUGUGGCGUGCUUCGGCCUUGAUUUUCUGCAACAAGUUCAAAACGUUGGACUUGUGAUCAUGAUCUUUAGCAUAUCAAAAACCGCUAUAUCUCGUCUCAAUGCCAUCUACAUGAUCUCGUUCUACGUCGGGCAGAUGAUUGGAACUGCAGUCGGAACGAAGCUCUUCGUUCAAUACGGCUGGCGAGCUGCUGCGAUCUUCGGUAUGGCGAUGUACGUCAUGCAGAUCAUUGCACUGUUGCUUCGCGGCCCACACUGCCGCCAAUACACGUGGUUCGGGUAUGAAGGAGGCUUGAGCUUCAAGAAAGUGAUAGAGACUACCACCACCACCGAAUCCGUGGAGGCCUCGAUCACUGUCGAGAUGAAGGCUUAA